GAAGGAAUUGACAAGUUCCUGGGAGGGUUGUAUUUGCUAACUACUACUCGUAGUAUGUAUUUUAGGAGUCAUAUUAGUGGGGACUUUGUGAAGAUAAAGUCGACACGACCCAUAAACUAAGGCCAAAAUCAUGUGAGCAAUUAUUUGUAUCAUCCCACUAGCUAUCGCCUUGCAGCUUUGCCUAUAAAAGGAAACUUUCCUUGAAGGGUAAAUCCAUUGUGCCUUAAUUCAUUUGGUUUCUCAUCAUCUUAUUUCUAAUUAGGUUUAAGUCCGUCGACAUUAUUGUCUUGUUUUCAUUUCCUAGCAAGGAAUAAAAAGAAAAUGGGAACUGCUCAAUUACUGCUACUAAGUAAUAUUUUUCUUGUUUUUCUUUCUAUUGUUGUUUGUGGAGUUUCGGGUGCAGGAAAUAAUGUGCCACGCAAGAAUUUCUACAAGAGCACUCGUUGUCCAAAUGCUGAACAAUUUGUUAGAGAUAUCACUUGGAGCAAAGCUAAGAAUGACUCCACGUUGGGUGCUAAAUUGCUUCGACUCCACUACCAUGAUUGUUUCGUUAGGGGAUGUGAUGCAUCGAUAUUGCUCGAUAAAGUUGGAACAGAUCAAUUUGAGAAGGAGGCCAGGCCAAACCUCUCCUUGGGUGGUUUCGAUGUAAUUGAUGAUAUCAAGCGACAAGUUGAGGAAAAAUGUCCUGGGAUUGUUUCUUGUGCAGACAUUUUAGCAUUAGCUACUCGUGACGCUGUUUCUUUUCGAUUUAAGAAAUCACUAUGGGACGUGGCGACCGGAAGAAAAGACGGGAAUGUUUCCCUUGCAAGUGAAGUGAAUGGAAACUUACCUUCACCAUUCUCAGAUUUUGCCACCCUUCAGCAACUGUUUGCAAAGAAAGGCCUAAAUGUCAAUGAUCUUGUUGCAUUAUCAGGUGCUCACACCAUUGGUGUUGCUCAUUGUGGAGCUUUCUCUAGAAGACUCUUCAAUUUCACUGGCAAAGGUGACGUGGAUCCAUCUUUGAGUUCCACUUAUGCUGAAUCUUUGAAACAAUUGUGCCCUAAUCCAGCCAACCCAGCCACUACAGUGGAAAUGGACCCUCAGAGCUCAACUUCAUUUGACAGCAAUUAUUUCAACAUCCUUACUCAGAACAAAGGGUUGUUCCAAUCUGAUGCAGCCCUCCUCACAGACAAAAAAUCAGCUAAAGUUGUAAAACAACUGCAAAAAACUAAUGCCUUUUUUUCUGAGUUUGCUAAAUCCAUGCAGAAAAUGGGAGCUAUUGAAGUUCUUACUGGAAAUGCUGGAGAAAUCAGGAAGAAUUGCCGCGUCAGAAACUAAUUCUUGAAAACCUAUGAUUAAUUUUAUGUCAUAUAUAUGUAAUCUCUAAAGUGUACAACAUCUGGUAUUUAGUUUCUGUCUAUUUGUUUCUUUUCCUUUUUGAAAGUGAUGUGUUAUUUGUGUUGGAAAUGUAUUUGAUAAAUUAACAUAUUUAUUAAUGUA